CCGCCGCCCCUCCCCCGCCGCGCGCCGGGCGGCGACCGUUAGGGGCGGCGACCGUUAGGGGCGGGCUGGGCGCGCGGCGCCCCUGGGCCCCGUCGUCCCCGUCGCCCCAUGAGCCCGGCGCGGCCGCCCCGCCGCUCGCAGCGCCUCCUGGCCCCGCUCCGGCUGCGGCUCCUACUGCUGCUGCUGGCCGAGGCGGCCGGCGGCAGCGGGGAGGCGCCACCCGCAGAUGGAAACUGUAGCCUUUUGGAGGAAAGAGAUGUCAUCCAGGAACUGGAUGAAAACUGUUACUGUUAUGUGCAAAACAGAACCAUGCGCUUACAAUACGUUUGGUCAACUGUUCAGAUAAAAGUUAACAGCACAGAAACGUUCAAGUUUGUGCCUAUUUCAGACAAAAGCAACUGUCGUAAUUCAGAAACUGUUUUUGAGUUUGCUGCGUGUGCUGUUCGAAUAUUCUGGCAAUCAGAGACAUCUACAGAAACUUUCAUAAACUUAAAACAAUAUGGAGAGGAUAUUUGUUUCAAAAUACAGCCCUUCAAGAAAGAACCAUACAUUGUGAGUGUAAAACAAAAAAUGCUAGAUGGAAAGAUCUUGUUUUUGUUUGUAGCUGGAAUUUUUCUGUUCCAUUUUGCAAACACUCUUAGCAGAAGCCCCAGGUUCUUUUACCUUUCUGGAAUAGUACUGGGUGUUCUUGCUCUGCUAGUCUUUCUCCUGUUGACGCUUAAAAGAUUUGUUCCAAGGCACAGUACCUUUUGGAUUUUAAUGAGUGGCUGCUGGAUGUCCUCACUGUAUUUCAUUUACUGUUUUAAAGAGAAUAUGCAGUGGUUGUGGUCUGAACACAGGAACUAUCUGUUGGGGUAUUUUUUGGCUGUUGGAAUUACAAGCUUUGCCACUUGCUAUCAGCAUGGACCACUUACUAGUGAACUGAGCAUAACCUUCUUCACAUGGACACUACAAUUAAUAGCCUUUGCCUUGAUUUAUUGUGGAGUCACCAUACCUCAAGUUGCAUAUACAGUAAUAGCAGUCAGCCUCUGUUCAAAAGGCCUGUGUUAUCCCCUUGGUGCUGCUUGUCACAUAGGCAGAAAAAUGAAGAACUACUUUAAAUCAAAAGAGUUAGUGAUUAGAUGCCUUACUGAAGAAGAAUACAGAGAACAAGGUGAAACAGAAACUGUCAGAGCUCUGGAGGAGCUACGCUCAUUCUGCAGGAACCCUGACUUCCCAUCAUGGCUAGCAGUAUCCAAACUCCAGUCCCCCCAUAGGUUUGCAGGUUUUGUUCUGGGAUCUCCCCAUGUCUCACCUGCAGAAACAAAGGCACAUGAUGAGGAAUACGGCAUUGGAAGCGUCUUCCUAGAGCAGCAGCUCUUUGACACAAGGGCAGAAUCAGAGCAGGGUGAACCAGCCAACUCCAUCUAUGGAGAAGGAGAUGAUGAGGAUGAAGAUGAAAAUGAACAAAUUUCAUUUCCGUAUGGUACUGAGUUCUCCUGAGCUUUGGAAAAUACCCUAAAAAACAGACAUUCUUCCUAGAAAGGAAGGGUACAGACUGAGAACUCACUCUUGGUGAUUUCUUAUGGAUGCCAGGGAACAAGCAAGCAUCUUUGAAAGAUUGUUUCUUGUAUCACUGAUGUGCCUGAUUAGAGCAACAGAAGAAAGUCAUAUAGGCUGUUCAAGUGAAAAGGAUUCUCAUGCUAUUAGUACUUUAGCUGUAGCAAUAAACAUUGCUUAUUUCCAAAGCAAGUACUGGCAGCAGCCUGUCCCAGUACCAUGCUUUGUUUACCCAAGGACACUACCUCUAGAAAAGAGAGACUCCGUUUCGGUCCUUUUCAUUGUCAAGUCCUCUGUACUGAGCACUAGAAGGAGGGGAAGUCAUUAUUAAUGCUCUACUUUUACUAAGGGCCCUACAUGUUAACAAAUUGAAUAAUGCUGAUACUAUGCUGAUAAGCCAGUUCUAUCAUUCAUGCAACUUUUAGUGCUAAAGAUCCACAGAGAGUUAACACAGCUGAACGCGCUUUGUUUGCUCUUCUGGCUAGGCUUGCUCUUUGUUAGCUUCAUUUUGCCCCCCACAUGAAUUUUAAGCUCCUCUUUGGAACCCUACCUGACUUUUCAUCCCCCUGCUUGUAUUGCUCUGUUCUUCAUCUCUGUUCUAGUUAUGCUGUACUUUGUUCUUUUUACAUUUUGCAUUUUUAUUUCUUUUGUUCUUUUUGCAUUUUGCAUUUUUAUUUCUUCACACAUUUCUUCCCUCUUUCACAGGUACCCUCUACUGCAUCUUUCUUCAGUCUUCUAUAAUUGCUUUCAAUUUCUGUGUCACCUUACCUCAGAAGGGUACUGCCCUCCAUUCCAGCCCUCUGAACAGCCCAGGAAAGGUAGCAAAGCCUGAGGAUGUUUCAGCUGUUUGGAGGAAUUGCUGUCAGUGAGGCCAGAGUGAUGCUAUCGCUAUGUAAGUGGGAAUGACCCACAUAUAGCCCCGCUAUGCUCAGAGUAUUCAGUGGUUAGUUCAUUCAAUAAACAGAGGGGGAAAAAAAAAACAUCCCUGGCAAAACAAGGAGGGAGAAAUACCUGACUCUUCCCUCCUCUCCUUAGCCCCUUCUUCGGGACUUACAACAGGAGGUGCUUGUGAGAAGAAUAAAGAGAAUGGGGAGAGAACCUUAGACAGUCAUGUAUCUUACAGCUUAUGUAUUAUCCAAUACUAGGCUAGGGGAUAUAUCAUCUCCCCUCAGUUCAUCUGUCUGCAGGGCUCAGUUUCUUCUUUUGUUCUUCAGGCUUUCCCUGUAUUCUUCUGUCCUCACCCUUGCUGGUUUUCUUUUAUUGUCUCCAAACUUCAGAGAGCAAGAGACAUUAAUUUUCUCUUGUAAGCCCUCCAGGAAUUGCCAGUGGUGGGAAGCAGUUUGCUCUCCAGAAGGGCAUUUCAGACCAAAAUGCAUCUUCUUUGAAAGGAAUACCUUUUCUUUGUAGCACACCUACUGAUGCAGCAUCACUGCCGUGGUGCAUGGCUAACUGUGGUUUCUCAUGUGCAUCUCUGGACAAGAGAUAAGAUCUGUUACCUCCAGUAAAAGCUCUAAAAACUACCACCAUACCACACUCCAAGAGCUCCUCUCUACACAACGUGACUCAGAUUGAAUGCUUAUAAGCAUCACUUAGAUCAUUCUUCCUCUUUUAUAUCAUUUUGAGGUAGCUUUACUUUAAAAGAACUUUUCAUUCUAUAGUGAAGAGAAGCUUAACACCUUUUUGUGCCAUACAUUUAGAAAUAUAUAUGCAAAGUCUAAAGUAUAUUUAGGGGAGAGAGGCCCUGUCAAGCUGGUGAUCAAAAAUAUGUUCACUUGUAAGUCAGUAAUAUUCAAAAAUAGAUAGAAUGAGAGAGUUCUACUCAGCAAGGCCAUUGGCAGCAAGAGACACCCCAGUCACCUCCAAGAGAGGCUGCUACCAAAUUCACAGUUAAAUUGCCACCCAUAUUCCACCAGUCGGGUUUGACUGGGUAGGUUCUUUUACUGGCAAGAAGUUACAAGUAUCAGCUGUUGUGAAAAUGGAGGGAAGCCCCAUUACCUUUGAUGGUUUGACAGAAGGACAGAAACUCCCCCACUGGAACGAUGAUCUUAUUUCAUCUUUGCCUGUGUUGCCCCUGUGAAAAUGAAAUACUCAAAAACUAUUACAAAAUGAAUCAGAAAGGGAUUAUUGCAGAGAUGUCUUAAUUUUAAAUCUGUUUCUUGCACGUUUUAACGUAAGCAAAUUUUUCCAGUGUACUUAACUAGCUAAGAACUGCUGAUCACGAGAUUCGAGGCCCAGGGGGAGCAUCAGAUUUUGUCCUAGCUUAAACCCACACAAUCUCUCUGGACUUCCUCUUUUUGCUGAGUUAGUGAUGAUUGUCCUUCCAUAGAUAUAUAGUAUGUAUUUAUAUACAAUAGGUAAAAUAUUAUCUUAAUGUAUUAUUUGGUUAUGUAAUAUGUUAAAUGGAAAAGCCCAAACAAAACAGGCAAUUUUUAAGACUCUUUUCCUUUUGCUAAUGUUUUUUUAGAAAAAUAUCAGAUACUCCCACUCCAAAGUGGAAAAAACAACCCAAGUUUUACCUAGUUACAAAGCCUGUAAUUUACCAGGGAUGGGUAAAUGCUAGCCAAAGUACAGCAACUACUAAGCACAUCCAAAAGAAGUAUAGCAACAUAUUGAGAAAGAUAACUAAUUUAGUGGAUAGCUAAGAAUGCUGAUCCCGACCUUAAAAAUCCUCCCACGUUUGUUUCAACAUUUGAAGCGUUUCAUAAACAAAACCCACCAAAACUGAGUGCUGUCAUUUGAGGCCUUUACUAACAGCAAGUUUACUUGCACAGUGCUCCUAUGAUAUAUGGAGAUUACACAGGUUUACUGAAACACAAUUAUUAAGUACUGUGUAGUGUUCAUUCAGAACAUGUGGGAACAGAAUCUAGAUGUUAAUCCAGUGCCUUAUCCAUUAGAGAAGCAUUUCUUCCUUAAUGAAGGAUGAGUUACAUUUAUCUUCUGUUUCACAGUGUUAAAAAAAAGUUAGAAUUGCAUAUUUAUUUUGCAUUCAUGGUGCAACAUACUUGAUGUACUGUCUUUUGCAUUCAAGAUUUUUAAAUAAAAGUAUUUUUUCAACUGUG